GAAAGCCAUAAGCAAUAAUAUAGUGACCAGAAAGAUGAGAGUUUGUGAAGUGCUACGUAUGAAUGGAGGGAUUGGAGAUUCAAGUUAUUCCAAAAACUCUAUAAUCCCGAAAAAGGCGUUGAGUUUGACGAUGCCAAUAAUAGAGAAAGUCGUGACAACUAUGUACACCAAACUCAGGCCACGCACGGUCUCCAUCGCCGACCUCGGCUGCUCUUCUGGGACAAAUGCUUUUGGGGCAGUCUCCGGGAUCAUGAAAGUCAUAGACUGUGUCCGAAAGAAGCUCCGGCUUCAAUCGCCGGAAUAUAACAUAUACCUGAACGACCUUCCCGGCAACGACUUCAACGCCAUAUUUGGAUCCUGGCCUCAGCAUUUACAAGACUUGAAGAAAGAGAUGGGAGAAGGGCUUGAUGGGGAAUGUUUCUGCAAUGGAGUUCCUGGAUCCUUUUAUGAGAGGCUGUUUCCUACCAAUUCUCUCCAUUUCGUUCAUUCUUCUUAUAGUCUCAUGUGGUUAUCUCAGGUACCAAGAGGAGCGGAGGAGAAUAAAAGGAACAUUUACUUGGCACCAAACACUCCGCCAUGUGUGGUUAAAGCAUACUAUGAGCAAUUUGAAAGAGAUUUUGAGACAUUUUUAAAGUGUAGGGCUAAGGAGUUAGUGACUGGAGGGGCUAUGGUUUUAACGAUUUUAGGCAGGAAAAGUGAAGACCCAUGCAGCAGAGAAGGUUGUCAUAUUUGGGAACUCUUGGGAUUGGCCCUCAGUGAUCUAGUUGAACAGGGAUUGAUAAAAGAAAACAAAUUAAAUUCAUUCAACAUUCCUUUUUACACACCAUCUCCGUUGGAAGUGAAGUACAUCGUUGAAAAUGAAGGGUCCUUUUCUAUCAACUCUUUGGAAGUUACAAAUGUUCAUUGGGAUCCUUCUCAAUUUUUGGCCGAAAAUGGAUGCAAAGAAGAAGGAUACAAUGUUGCCAAGUGUAUGAGAGCAGUGUCAGAACCAUUGCUUCUUGCUCAUUUCGGUGAAGAUAUUAUUGAAAAAAUCAUGCAUCAGUACCGAAAGAAUAUUGUGGAAUCUUUGUCUAAAGGAAAUAUUCGUUUUUUCAAUGUUGUUAUCUCGGUCACAAAAAUAUGUAAAUCAUGAAAAACAUUAUGUGUAAUAAUUUACAUGGCCAAAAACUAAGUAUUGGUUUUAAUCUAAUAAUAUCAUCACCAAUUC